UAUGGGGCUACAUGAGACACUCCUCGUGUUCUUCAUUCCGUCAUCGCCAAAACCACUGAUCCUCUAGUCCUUCUUCAAUCAAUCAACCACAAACCAAUCGAAGACAUGCUAUAAAUCCGAUUCAUAUACAUACAUACAUACAUCGAUACACACCUCAUCUUCCUUUUCAAUUCAAUUCUUUAAAUCAUUCACAGUUCCAUUAAGUAGCCCUAGCUAUUCCGGUUCCGUCGACGUACGCUCAUGGCGGUUUCCGAGGAGGAAUCAUCGUCGGCCAACGGAAACCACUCUCGAUCGCCGCUGGCUCACGGCGCUUCUCAUUAUCUCGCGAAACGAGUCCUCAAAGGAAGCGUUGUUCUUCAAGUCGUCUACGGUCACAUCCGAUCCGCUUCUUCUAUGGAUAUCGUGUUCGGAAAGGAAACAUCAUUAGAGAUGGUAAUGGUGGAUGAUCAAGGAGUUGUGCAGUCCAUAUGUGACCAACCUAUGUUUGGAACAAUUAAAGAUAUUGCUAUUCUUCCGUGGAAUAAUAGGUUUCGUAGAGCAAUCCCUCAGUUACAAGGAAGGGAUCUUUUGCUUGUCACUUCAGAUUCUGGAGAUCUUUCCGUUCUCUCAUUUCAUAAGCAAUUGCAUAGGUUUUUUGCUUUGUGUCACACUCCAAUAUCUAGCUCAACUGGAAACCUAAGGCAUCAAAUUGGAAGAAUGCUGACCGUUGAUUCCAAUGGUUGUUUCAUUGCUAGCAGUGCAUAUGAGGAUCAUUUGGCUCUGUUCAAAGUUACUAGUUCCACUAGUGCUGACAUCAUCGAUAAGAAAAUAUUUUGUCCUUCUGAUAAUGAGAAGAAUACAAGCACAAGCAUGGGAGUUUCUGGUAUACAUGGUACUAUAUGGAGCAUGUGUUUUAUCUCAAAAGAUAUGAGUCAAUUAAGCGAGGAGCACAACCCUUUGUUAGCCAUUCUUUUAAACAGAAAGGGAUCACUCCUUAACGAGCUUUUGUUAUUGGAGUGGAAUACAAGCGAUAAUUUUGUUCAUGUACUUUCUCAAUACGCCGAGCUUGGACCACUAGCACUUAAUAUAGUUGAAGUUCCUUAUUCAUAUGGUUAUGCAUUUCUCUUUAGAGUUAGUGAUGCUCUUCUAAUGGAUCUUAGGGACCCACACAACCCUUUAUGUGUAUAUAGAACAAGCCUAAACUUUUUACCCUUAACAUUGGAUGAUCAUAAUUUCAUUGAGGAAUCAUAUAGGACAAAUGAUGUUGAUGAAGAAGGUAACAUAUGUAACGUUGCUGCAUCCGCUCUUUUGGAGCUAAAAGACAUAGUUAAAGAUGAUGAUCCCAUGAAUAUAGAUGAUGAUAACGGUUAUUCAUCGAAGUCAACUUCGAACCGUGUAUGCUCAUGGUGUUGGGAACCGGGAAAUUUUGUAAAUCCAAGAAUGAUCUUUUGUGUUGAUACGGGCGAGCUUUUUAUGAUCGAGAUUUAUUCAGAGUCAAACGGUCUUAAAGUCAACCUCUCUGAUUGUCUCUACAAAGGUUUACCAAAUAAAGAGCUUUUAUGGACCGAAAACGGUUUUUUGAUCGCAGUUGCCGAAAUGGCUGACGGGAUGGUAUUAGAAUUCGAAGAAGGAAAACUAAACUACAAAAGCCCGAUUCAAAACAUUUCACCAAUUUUAGAUAUGUCAUUAGUUGAUUUCCAUGAUGAGAAACAUGAACAAAUUUUCGCUUGUUGCGGGAUGGCGCCGGAAGGAUCACUAAGAGUUAUCCGAAACGGUGUCAGUUUAGAGAAACUUUUAAAAACCGCCCCGGAUUAUCAAGGGAUAACGGGUACAUGGACAGUUAAAAUGAAAUUAACCGAUUGUUAUCAUUCUUUUCUUGUGCUGUCGUUUGUAGAAGAAACACGUGUGCUUUCAGUUGGCGUAAGUUUCACCGAUGUAACCGAUCCAGUUGGCUUCCAAUCCGACGUAUGCACUUUAGCAUGUGGUGUUAUCAGUGACGGGUUGCUAGUUCAGAUUCAUCAGAACGCAGUUCGACUCGCGUUACCUACAGCUAUAGCCCACCCUGACGGCAUUCCGUUCUCGUCUCCAAGUUACGCAUCUUGGUCCCCUGAUAACACUGGCAUUAGCCUCGGGGCCAUCGGGAAUAAUUUCAUAGUUGUUGCAACUUCAAACCCGUGUUACUUGUUCAUUCUCGGGGUUCGACAGCUGGCGGAUUAUCAAUACGAAGUAUACCAAAUGCAAAACGUCGGAUUGGAGUAUGAAUUGUCGUGCAUUUCCAUUCCUCAAAAGCCUAUUAACGAAGAUCUGUACAACUAUCCUGUUAACUACAGGAAAAUUGAGGGAAAUACGUUUGUUAUUGGGACACAUAGGCCUUCAGUUGAGGUUAUAUCGUUUAAACCCGGUCAUGGCAUUAAAGCUCUUGCGGUAGGAGUCAUUUCAUUAGUAAACAGCAUCGGAACAACGAUUAGUGGUUCUAUACCUCAAGAUGUAAGGCUUGUAAAAGUUGAUCGACUUUAUAUUGUCUCAGGGUUGAGAAAUGGUAUGCUACUCAGAUUUGAAUGGUUGGUUCCAUAUAUUACUUCUAUUGGUUCUACGCGUUCAUCUAUUAUAUCUGAGGUGGUGCAUGACAGAGGUCCGGUUAAUCUUGAGUUGAUUUCAGUUCGCCGAAUUGGUAUCGCACCGGCUUUUUUGAUUCCGUUGAAUGAUCGCCUGGAUGCUGAUAUUAUUGCUCUUAGUGACAGGCCUUGGUUAUUACAAACUGCAAGACAUAGUCUCGCCUUGAAUUCUAUCUCUUUCCAAGCAUCCACGCAUGCAACUCCUGUAUGCUCAAGUGAAUGUCCAAACGGGCUUUUAUUUGUGUCGGAAAAUAGCCUCCAUUUGUUGGAGUUGAUGCACAACAAACGAUUAAACGUCCAGAAGUUUCAUCUCGGAGGCACGCCACGAAAGAUUUUAUAUCAUGCCGAAAGCAGAAUGCUGUUGGUUUUAAGGACUGAUUUGAGCGAUGAUUCAUCUUCAUCUGAUGUUUGUUGUGUGGACCCCAUGAGUGGUUUGGUUUUAUCUUCUUUUAAACUAGAUCUCGGGGAAACAGGGAAGUGCAUGGAGCUACUAAAGGUGGGCGGUGAACAAGUAUUGGUUGUCGGUACAAGUCUCUCUUCCGGUCCCGCUAUAAUGGCCAGCGGGGAAGCGGAAAGUACAAGAGGGAGAUUGAUAGUUCUCUGCCUGGAGCACAAACAAAACUCAGAUAGCGGUUCAAUGACCUUUUAUUCAAAAGGUGGCUCCUCUUCCCAAAGAACUUCCCCAUUUCGGGAAAUCAGCGGUUACGGAACCGAUAGUCUGUGCAGCAGCCCUGACGAUAAUAGUUGCGAUGAAAUCGAAGCAUGGAACUUCAGAUUAGCUUAUUCUACCAAUAUGCGUGGCAUUGUACUUGCCGUCUGUUCUUAUCUGGACUGCUAUUUCUUGGCCUCUGCUGGCAAUGCUUUUUAUGUGUGCAGCUUUCAAAACGAUAAUUCUCUAAGGGUAAAAAGAUUGGCUGUUGGAAGAACACGGUUUAUGAUCAUGACUUUGACCACUCACUUUACUACAAUUGCCGUUGGCGAUAUUCGUGAUGGCGUUCUUUUCUAUGCGUAUAACGAGGAUUCUAAGAAAGUGGAGCAACUAUACAGUGACCCUGUGCAGAGGUUGGUUGCCGACUGCCAUCUUAUAAAUAUCGAUACGGCUAUUGUUUCGGAUCGAAUGGGAAGCGUUGCAAUCGUGUCUUGUUCACAUCAAUCCGGCGACAAUGCGAGCCCGGAAUGCAACUUGAAGGUUUGUUCUUCCUUUUAUAUGGGUGAGAGUGUAAUGUGCAUCAAAAAGGGUUCUUUUUCACACAAACUUCUGGCUGAUGAUGAAAUGAGGGACGGUGACAUUGCAAGUUCAAUUAUGGAUUUAUCACAAAGUAGUAGUAUAGUGGCAAGCACGUUGUUAGGAAGCAUAAUAGUCUUCAUCCCUAUAUCAAGGGAUGAAUAUGAGCUUUUGAAAGACGUACAAUCGAGGAUUGCUGACCACUCGUUGACAUCUCCUAUUCUCAGAAAUAGUCAUAAUGAGUUCCGCAGCCGUCAAAGUCCGGCGGGUGUAGAUAAGAUUCUUGACGGGGAUAUGUUAGGUCAGUUUUUAGAGCUUACUCACGUGGAACAGCUAGAUAUACUAGCUGUACCGGAUGACCCCCAUGCCAUGUACAGAACAAUAAGAAAGCCACAACUUAAACACCUUAAUGUCAACAAGGUUGUCAGACUUCUUGAACGAGUCCACUGUGCUAUAAACUGAAGUCCUUAUAGCCUUCGCGAGUCGUUUUUGUUAGCAGCCAUUUUGGUAGCAGAUUAGACUUUAUCAUGGUUCACAUAUGUGCUAGUAAGUACCUUAUAGAACCUCAAUUUCAAUAAGCUCUUCUUACAUUGGAUAAUUCUAACAGAACUUGAUGACAUGUCCAUAGAUAAAUUUCGGUAUUAAUGGUUUUUUUUUUUCUUUUUACUAUUAAUAUCACUUUAUUUUCUUCGUCGUA